AAUGACGUCAGUUCCAGACUCCGGGCCGGAUGGCUCAGAACCAAUAGGGGCUCGUUCUCGUUCGUCAUUACUCCGCCGCAGCUCCUUAGCGACACUGCCACGAAAUGUCGAUAUAAAGUGGCCUUCAAGCCUCCAUUCUUUACAAACCUUUCACCCAGAUAUCAUGUCCAACUUCAUCCACAACAUGAAGACCAAGCUCAGUGGCGGCUCCUCGCCUCCUAGCAAACAGACCCCCAAGACCAAAGACAACGAGCCGACCUUCUCAAUUUUACCACAUCCUGCGAAAACGAACGACCCCGCAGACCUUCAGCCUCCUGGUAGUGGCGGUCUUAGACACGGCGGGCCCAUGGAAGCAUUUCAUGCCCGCGAUCCCUAUGUUCCAAGUGAGCAGAUAAAGAAUAGCAUGCCUGCGCCGUUGAGUCGGGAAGAGCUGCAAGCCCGCCAAGCCGAGUUGCAGAGACAGGGCUA